AUGGAAAAGUAAUGGAUACUGGAUAUUGUAUACUAAUUAUUACAGAUCCUACAUUCUAUAUAAUCCACUCUAUAUUAUACAAAAUUACAUUGUAAUGAGGAUCCUGUUAAGGUAUGAGUGGUUGGAUACAGAUUUACUGACCACAAAUUAUGAUACAUCAAUAGUUGUCAAAGAGAAUUAAAAGAGAAAGGAAAGUGCUCACUGUAUUAAUAAAACAGUUACCAUUUACAUUUAUAUAAUUUUUUUUUUUACUUUUUGAGGAAUAUAUUACUCAAUUUCAAGAAUGGGUACAAACAUGCAAUAUAUGUGUAUUUUGUAGUUUGUAUGUACCUAUAUAAAUUCAACCAUUUUUCAUCACUUCUUUAUAUCAUUUUCUUUCUUCCCAAACACCUUUUUUUCUCUGUGUAGUGAUGAAGGCUUUCAUUGAUACUUGUGGCUUAUUACUUUUGUUCUUAUGGGUCUUCUCAGGGCAUGGCCUUUAUGCUUCACCAUACAAUUACUAUGCAACCACAAAGUGCUUGAAAGAGCCCCAAAAAGCUCUGUAUGGAGGUGGUGUAAUAGUUAAUCCAGAGUUUAACCAUAAUAACAGUCAAGGGUGGAUGGUGUUUGGGAAAGGAAAAAUAGAGCAACGAUUAUCAAAGGAAGGAAAUAACCCAACACACCCAUUACAUAGUUUCUCUCACCAAGUUCAAGUUGAGAAUGGAAAAAUCUAUUCUUUCUCAGCUUGGAUUCAAGUCAGUGAAGGAAGUGAGGAUGUAACAGUUGUCUUUAAAUCCAAUAAGGGAUAUCUUAUACAUGGUGGCACAACCACAGCUAAUAGUGGAUGUUGGACUCUGCUAAAAGGUGGUAUGGUGGCAAAUUUCUCUGGCCCUCUUGAUAUUUCUUUUGAGACCAAGAAUACAUCAGUAGAAAUUUGGGUUGACAGUGUUUCACUUCAACCAUUCACCCAGAAGCAAUGGAGAUCCCAACAAGAAAAAAGCAUUAACAAGGUUAGAAGAAGUAAGGUAAGGAUUCAAGUAAGCGAUGAGAAUAGAACUCUAUUGCAAGGUGCUGUAGUGUCUAUUAAGCAGAAAAAACCAGGAUUUUUAUUUGGAUGUUGUAUGAACCACAAUAUACUAACAAGUACUCAGUACCAAAAUUGGUUCUCAUCAAGAUUUCAUGCUACUACUUUCACAAAUGAGAUGAAAUGGUAUAGUACUGAGAAUGUACAAGGCCAAGAAAACUACUCCACUGCAGAUGCCAUGGUGGAAUUUGCCCAAAAGCAUGGCAUUUCUAUUAGAGGUCACAACAUAUUUUGGGAUGAUCCUAUUUACCAGCCUUAUUGGGUUCGUUCUCUUUCUCCAGAUGAGUUGCGAAAGGCGGCGGCUAAAAGAAUCAAUUCUGUAGUUUCUAAGUACAGAGGAAAGGUAAUUGGGUGGGAUGUUAUGAAUGAGAAUAUGCAUUUCAAUUUCUUUGAGGAUAAACUUGGUAAAACUGCUUCUGCUGAUUACUACAAAAUAGCUCAGCAACUUGAUCCACAAACAACCAUGUUCCUUAAUGAGUAUAAUACAAUUGAGUAUUCUGGUGACACUGCUGUUACCCCAGCUAAAUACCUUAACAAAAUUAGGGAGAUUUUGUCUUAUCCUGGAAAUGCUCAUUUGAAAUUGGGAAUAGGAUUAGAAGGUCAUUUCACUGCUGAUCAACCAAACCUUGCAUAUAUGAGAUCUGCUUUGGACAUUUUAGGUGCAACAAAGUUUCCCAUUUGGCUUACAGAAAUAUCAGUGGCUAACAGCCCCAAUGAAGCUAAAUACUUGGAAGAGGUACUAAGAGAGGGCUAUGCUCAUCCUGCUGUACAAGGCAUAAUCAUGUUUACAGGUCCAGUCUCUGCUGGUUUUAACACCCCAAUUCUUGCUGAUCAAAAUUUCAAGAACACUCCAUCUGGUGAUGUGGUUGAUAAGUUGCUUAAAGAGUGGAACUCUGGGGCUGAUCAAGACACCAUAACAGAUAGUCAAGGAUUCAUAGAUGUUACACUCUCUCAUGGGGACUAUGAUCUAACUAUAAAGCACCCUUUUACAAACUCUUCAUCUACUCUCAGUUUAAGGGUUGAAAAAGAUAAACCAUUAGGAAUCAUACAUGUAAAUAUUGAUACCUGAAAUACCAUUGUACUGUAUUGCAUAUAAAAACUUAAUAAGAGGUGUUUUUUUUCUUCUUCA